AUGCCCGAUGUCGAAAGAAAUGUCCGUCUACUGACGGAGCAGCACAUCCUGAACAAAGACUUCAGCGUCGAAACAUUUUCCCUACAAUCAUGGUCAAUUGAUUUCUACCUGGUUAACAACUAUAGCGAGCUGGUCCCCGCAAACGUCUUCGACCAGGUGACAUACACACUGCACCCGAGUUUCGGCCCGCGGGCUGUUCAAACUUUGAAGAAUUUUCCAUUUAUAAUUUGCGAGGAAGGAUGGGAUGAAUUCGACAUGGAGGUCGGCCCAAUUGCCGCCGACAAGAAGUAUUUCGUCACGCAUGACCUCAACUUCGCGCAGGCGCGCUACGAAUCCAAGCACGUUAUCACCUUCAAGAACCCCAAGCCUCCGCUGCAAUCGCUAGUGUAUAAAUCCGGCCCCGUUCCUGGCGACAAAGACAGAGUCAAGUCGAAACGCGCCGCGGGAGGUUUCAAUUCGGUUGACAUGGACAAGCUGGUCGAUGGCCUCCAGCGUCUUGGCGAAGAUGACCUUCUCCAAAUAGUGCAGAUGGAAUUGGAUGACAACAAGGCCCCGGACUCAUAUACCAAGAACGAUGUCGAGCAGGUUGAAUUCCACGUCGACCUCCAUAUCUUACCCGACAACCUAAUCAAGAUACUCGAGGAAUUCACGCAAGAAAAACGUGCUUUGUGA